AUGAGUGUUGAUAUAAUAUCUACUCUACAAGAUCCCGAGGCAUUUCAUAAUGCAGUUUCAACAAAUGAAGGUAUAGAAUCAAUAAGAUUAAAUUUAAUUCAACAUUUAGAUAAUAAAGAACAAGAAAUUAAACAAUUAGAAAGUGCUAAAAAAUCUUUCCAAAAAGCUUCAAUGGAAAUUGGUAAUGUGCUUAUUGCAGUUGCUAUGGGUGAUUUAACAAAACAAGUUGAAAUUAAUGAUGAACCUGAUCCUGAAAUCCUUAAAGUUAAAAUGACUAUAAAUACAAUGGUUGAUCAAUUACAUACUUUUGCAAGUGAAGUUACCAAAAUUGCAACUGAUGUUGCUCAUGGUGAAUUUGGUGGUCAAGUUAAAAAUCAAGGUACCGUUGGGAUUUGGAGAACUUUAUCUGAUAAUUUAAAUGUUAUGGCUUUAAAUUUAACAAAUCAAGUUAGAGAAAUUGCUGAAGUUGUUAGAGCUGUUGCUGGUGGUGAUUUAUCAAGAAAAAUAAAUGUUCAUGCCCAGGGGGAAAUCUUAGAAUUACAAAAUAUUAUAAAUACAAUGGUUGAUCAAUUGAAAACUUUUGCUUUUGAAGUUACAAGAGUUUCAAGAGAAACUGGUGUUGAAGGUCGUUUAGGUGGUCAAGCUGUUGUUAUUGGUGCAGAGGGGAUAUGGAAAGAAUUAACUGAUAAUGUUAAUGCUAUGGCUACUAAUUUAACUAAUCAAGUUAGAAAUAUUGCAAAUGUUACCACUGCUGUAGCAAAAGGUGAUUUAUCCAAGAAAGUUACAGCAGAUUGUAAAGGUGAAAUCUUAGAUUUAAAAUCCACUAUAAAUCAAAUGGUUGAUUCUUUACAAACUUUUGCCCUUGAAGUAACUUCAUUAGCUACUGAUGUUGGUAUAAAAGGUAUAUUAGGUGGUCAAGCCGUUGUUAAUGGUGUAGAAGGUGCAUGGAAAGAUUUAACAGAUAAUGUUAAUGCAAUGGCUACAAAUUUAACAAAUCAAGUUAGAUCAAUUGCAGCUGUUACUACUGCAGUUGCUCAUGGUGAUUUAUCACAAAAAAUUGAUGUUAAAGCUCAAGGUGAAAUUUUAGAAUUAAAAUCAACUAUAAAUAAGAUGGUUGAUUCUUUACAAGUUUUCGUUAGUGAAGUUACAAGAGUGGCAAAAGAUGUUGGUAUUGAUGGGAAAUUAGGUGUCCAGGCUCAAGUUUCUGAUGUUGAUGGUUUAUGGAAAGAGAUUAUUACAAAUGUUAAUGUUAUGGCUGCUAAUUUAACUUCACAAGUUCGUGCUUUUGCUCAAAUUACUGCUGCUGCAACUGAUGGUGAUUUUACAAAAUUUAUUACUGUUGAAGCAAGUGGUGAAAUGGAUACUUUGAAAACUAAAAUUAAUCAAAUGGUUUUCAAUUUAAGAGAAUCAAUUAAAAGAAAUACUGCAGCAAGAGAAGCUGCUGAAUUAGCCAACAGAGCAAAAUCUGAAUUUUUAGGUAUUUUUUCACAUGAAUUAAGAACUCCAUUCAAUGGUAUUUUAAAUUAUACUCAAUUAACUUUAGAUACUGAAUUAUCUCAAUAUCAAAGAGAAAUGUUAUCAACUGUUCAUAAUUUAGCAAAUUCUUUAUUAACAAUCAUUGAUGAUAUUCUGGAUAUUUCUAAAAUUGAAGCUAAUAGAAUGACAAUUGAACAAGUUGAAUUUACUUUAAGAGGUACUGUGUUCGGUGCUUUAAAGACACUUGCAGUAAAAUCCAUUGAAAAACCAAUUGAUUUAAUUUAUCAAGUUGAUGCAUCAUUCCCAGAUUCACUUAUCGGGGAUUCUUUUAGAUUAAGACAAGUUAUAUUAAAUUUAGUUGGUAAUGCUAUAAAAUUCACUUCAAAAGGUCAUGUUAGUUUAAGUGUUAAAAAGGCAACAACAUCAUUAGAACAACAAAUCACAUCUACGGUACAAAAUAAUAAUUUUGUUAUUGGUCAUGAUUCUUCAACAAUUGUGGAAUCAAAUAAAGCUCCAGAAGAUGAUGUCUUGGUAUUAGAAUUUUGUGUUUCUGAUACAGGUAUUGGUAUUAGAAAAGAAAAAUUAGAUUUAAUUUUUGAAAAUUUUACACAAGCUGAUGGUUCAACAACAAGAAAAUUUGGUGGUACAGGUUUAGGUUUAUCAAUUUCCAAGAGAUUAAUUCAUUUAAUGGGUGGUGAAAUUUGGGUUACAUCUGCUUAUGGUAAAGGUUCAAGAUUUUAUUUUACUAUAGCAGUUCGUCCUGUUAAACAAGUUUUUUCAAAACAAUCAGAUGCUUUAUUAACUUUUAAUUUACAUCAAAUUUUAUUUAUUUCAACUGAACAUACUGUGGAAGAAGCUGAAAAAAUUGAACAAGAAUUAAGAGAAUUAAAUUUAAGACCAACAACAGUUCGUAAAAUUGAAGAUGCUAAUUUACAAGAACCUUGUAAAUAUGAUGUUAUUAUUAUUGAUUCAUUAGAAACUGGUAAUAAAUUAAGAUUAUUACCUGAUAUUAAAUAUAUUCCAUUUGUUUUAAUACAUAAGAGUAUUCCAAGUUUAAAUAUGAGAAUUUGUUUAGAUUUAGGUAUUCAAUCUUAUGGUAAUACACCAUGUUCAAUUAUGGAUUUAGCAGGUUAUUUAAAACCUGCAUUAGAAUCAAGAAUUGUUCCAAGUGAUGAUGAUGCACCACAAUCUUAUAAUAUUUUAUUAGCUGAAGAUAAUUUAGUUAAUCAAAAAUUAGCUGUUCGUAUAUUAGAAAAAUAUGGUCAUGAAGUUACAGUUGCUAAAAAUGGUCUUGAAGCUUUUGAAGAAGUUAAAAAAAGUAGAUAUGAUGUUGUUUUAAUGGAUGUUCAAAUGCCAAUUAUGGGUGGAUUUGAAGCAACUGAAGAAAUUAGAAAAUGGGAAAAAAAUAUGAAUCCAAUUGAUCCAUUAUCUGUUAGAGUUCCAAUUAUUGCAUUAACUGCUCAUGCAAUGUUGGGAGAUCGUGAAAAAUGUAUGCAAGCACAAAUGGAUGAAUAUAUUUCAAAACCAUUAAAACCAAAUUUAUUAAUUCAAACAAUUGCAAAAACAAUUCAUCAUGUUAAUAAAUUAAAAGAAAUUGCAAGUAUGAAUCCAACAAAUAAUCAAUUAGCAAAUGAAGGUUUAUUAAAUUUACCAUCAAAUGGUAAUUCAACACAAAAUAUAACUGAAUUAAUUGCUCAACAUCAACAAUCUUCUCAACAACAACCACAAGCUAAAAGAUCAAGUUCAAAUGAAGAAUUAGGUAAAGUUCAUUAUUCAAUUAAUGAUCCAACAACAUUAAAUAAUUUUGCCACUGCAUUAUCUCCUGCAUUAAGAACAUCAAUUGAAAGACCAACAUUAUCAACAAAUAAUAGAUCAAUAACUGAUAGUGCUGUUAGAACUUUAAGUUCAAUAACUAAUUCUCCAAUUGAAGGUGAAUUCUCUACUAGUCCUUCGAAAUUAUUACCAAAUCAAGAUGAUUCAAGUAAUAAAGAUAAAGAUGGUGAUGAACAAGUUGAAAUUUAG